CUGAGAUUCGGAAUUUAAUCAGAUUUUCAUCAUGAUGGAUGAGUGCCACUAUCAUAUGUCACGACCCAUCUACUCAACCCAUGUCUUCGAUGAGGUCCAUGAGAGAAAGGCACAAGAGACAAGAAGCUUACAAGAACGACUGAGCGAAACCUGCAGAUGCAAUGAUAAAUGGGCCGUUCAGAAGAUCAAGGGGCUUUUGCCGAUUCUGGAUUGGCUUCCUAAAUACCCAGUCAAGCAGUGGUUACCCAGUGAUGUCGUGUCUGGGGUCACCACAGGUCUGGUAUGCGCUUUACAAGGUGUGGCCUAUGCAUUGCUGGUGUCGGUAGCACCUGUCUAUGGUCUCUACUCGGCGUUCUUUCCAAUUCUUUCUUAUUUUGUGUUGGGCACCUCGAGACACAUCUCUGUUGGUCCAUUUCCAGUCACCUGUUUGAUGGUGGGUUCUGUAGUUUUGACUUUUGCCCCCGACGAGCACUUUCUGCGGCCGGCGAACGUGACAGGUGCGAACGAGACGUUGACCGACAUGUUGAUGGCGGUGGACGUGGAGGCAAGAGAGGCACAGAGAAUCACCCUGGCUUGCACCAUGACCGUACUGAUCGGAUUAUUUCAAGUGGCCAUGGGGUUCAUGCAAGUGGGGUUUCUAGUACGAUAUCUAUCAGAUCCCCUAGUAGGAGGUUUCACUACUGCUGCUGCCAUUCAUGUCUUUAUAUCCCAGAUUAAAACCAUCCUGUCUAUUCCUACACACAACCAUAGUGGAUUCUUCUCUAUUGUUUAUACUCUCAUCGAUGUGGGUAAGAACAUUAACCAGACAAACGUUGCAGACCUGGUUGCUGGAUUACUAACAAUCUUCGUAAUUAUGGCCGUGAAAGAGGUCAACGCAAAAUAUCAGCACAAGAUCCCAGUGGCAAUCCCUAUCGAAGUGAUUGUGACAGUGCUUGCGUCUGCAAUCUCUCAUGUCAUGGAUCUGAACUCCCAAUAUGGCGCCAGCAUUGUGCACAGCAUCCCCAGAGGGUUUGUGCCGCCCCAGCCACCGAAUUUAGCGAUUAUUGGGAAUAUUCUGGGUUCAAGCUUUUCCACAGCAGUCGUUGGUUAUGCGGUUGCAGUCUCGGUUGCGAAAGUCUAUGCAGCAAAACAUGACUACACACUUGAUGGCAACCAGGAGCUGAUAGCUUUCGGUGUCAGCAACAUUUUUGGAGGAUGUUUCUCGAGCUUUGUGGCCAGUACCGCACUUUCACGAACCGCGAUACAGGAAAGCACAGGGGGGCGGAGUCAGGUUGCUAGUAUAAUCUCGGCUUUGAUGGUCUUGAUAGUGAUCUUGGCUCUUGGGCCCUAUCUUCAGCCUCUGCAGAAGUCAGUGUUGGCCGGUAUUGUUAUAGCUAACCUGAAGGGAAUGUUCAUGCAGAUGUCUGAUGUGGCUGUACUCUGGAAACAGAAUAGGACAGACUGUCUCAUCUGGAUAGCUACAUGCUUGGCAUCUAUCGUACUGGGUUUAGAUGUGGGCCUGCUGGCAGGCCUGGUAUUUGAGAUGGGCACAGUGGUGGUCCGAACACAGUUCCCUUCCUGUUCUACCCUGGGAAAUAUGCCAGACACGGAUAUAUACAAAAACAUAAAAGACUACAAAAAUAUUUCAGAAAUUCCUGGGAUAAAGAUUUUCAAAUGCAACUCACCUAUUUACUUUGCAAACAUUGACUACUUCAAAGAGAAAUUAAGAGAUGAGGUGGGUUUUGAUGCAGUACGGGUGUUCAAGAAAAGAAACAAAGCACUGAAGAAGAUCCAUAAACUGAUUCAAAAAGGAAAACUAAAGGUUACAGAGGAUGGUUUGGUACCAGUAGCCUCAAUGGGAGUAGAUAACAAAGCCUUUGAAAGUGAAAAGGGUCCUGAGCUCGUAGAUGGGACAAAACAGCCAGAGGUGAAGGUCCAAGUAGAUUGGACAUCAGAGCUUCCUGUCAAUGUGUCGGUACCCAGGGUCCACAUUCACAGCCUUGUGGUGGAUUUCUCUGCUGUCUCGUUUAUAGAUGUGGUAGCUGCAAAGUCCCUUAAGCUGCUCAUCAAGGAGUUUAUACGAAUUGGCGUUGGUGUCUACAUCGCAGGCUGUGAUGCUGAGCUUGUCAGGAGAAUGGAAGCCCUGUCGUUCUUUGAUGAAGAGGUCACCAGAGAUCUGCUCUUCAUCACCGUCCAUGACGCCGUUCUCUUCAUCCAGCUGGAAACCUCCAGUGAAAAUGCAGAUGAUCAUUUAGCUGAUAAGAUUUCCCAGUUGCAAGAUGACAAAGUACCACCUCCGUUUACUGAGGACGAUGACUUGAUUGAAACCUAUGACAACCAGCACUUGGCUAUUCAUGGACUUUCAAACUGAGGAUGAACUUGAAUCAUGCUCUUUCGUUCAUUUGGACUCACUGGAAAACUUCCUUGUUAUCUUCGGAAGUUGCUUUGUCCCGGAGGAAUUUAAACUGUGGAGCAAAGAGACAAGAAAGAAAACAUUUUUUCUCAAUCAAAAUCCAGCCGUUUUCCAAUAUAUAUCUGAAAUUCAUUUUGCACAAAAUGCACAAACUUUUUUACAGCCUAAUUUUCGAGGCACGACAGAAUCGAGGAUAUUUGUCUUCUGGAGGUUUGUUCAGCAGAUGACCCACAGACAGAGAGUUUUGUUUGCUGUAUACUUUAUGAGGAUUAAA